AUGAGAGAGAGGCAGCAGGUUCCUGCAAAGGCCCUGAACACUCCUUACCCUCUCAUUGACAGUGACCCUCACUUCAAGCGUGUUCUCGGCUAUGCCCGUCCCGGCGACUACUUGUACGGCGUUGCUUUCGGCGCCUCCGUCCCCGCUACCAUGACCCUCAUGGAGCGCGUCUCUCCCACUGGUGUCUCCCGCAGCGUCUUCGCCAGUGUCAUGCGUCUUUCCGGUGGCAUUGGUCUCUUUGCCGGCUUCUACCUCUGCUAUUCGAGAUCCAUCAACCGUUUCUACGGCUUCACCGAGAACCGCCGCGAAAUCGAUAUGGACAUGCGCGAGAUGGUCGACAAGGUCAAGCGCGGCGAGGAGCUCUACGGCAAGAGCCAGUUGACCGAGUACAUGCAAGGUGUCGCCUCGCGUCAAUCCCGCUACUCUGGUAUCUGGAUUCACAUGAUGCCCUGGUUCAACUUUGUCAACCACAACCAGCACGGUGUCGACACGGCAAAGUACUACCAGCAGGCCGAGCGGGAACUCGAGGCCGAGAAGGCAUGA